AUGUCAAAAUCAAGACCGGCAUUGGUGGAAGGGUUCAUAUAUUUUAAAAAGGAAAGCAUUUUUGGGAAGAAAACGUUUUCGACUCGGGCUAGAUUUGAUGAGCAAAGAAAAGAACAUGAAGUGGUAGUGGAGAGCUCCAAUGGAGCGGCAGAGCCAGAGAUGUGGAUAAGCGUGGACGGGAUCGUGGUUGUGCACGUGAAGAAUCUACAAUGGAAAUUUAGGGGAAAUCAAAUGGUGUUGGUGGACAGGACACCUGUGAUGGUCUACUAUGACGUUCAUGAUUGGUUGUUUGCAACUUCCGAGACUACGGCUACUUCAGGGUUGUUUUUGUUUAAGCCUGUUGCGGUUGGAGCGAUGGUAGAUGAUUGUUUUAGCGAUGCCGAGGAAGGCGAUAGUGGAGGAGGGAGUAGUCCUUUGAGUCGUUACAAUUCAGCAUCAAGUGGUUAUGGACCAUUGCAUGACUUUUGUUUGUUUCUUUAUGCUUGGAAACUUGAAUGA